AUGGCAGCAGCAAGCAGUUCCCCCCCGAGGGGCCCCCUGAGCUGCUGGGGGCCCCCCGAGUCCAUUUUUGUGGGCCCCAGGGGGCCCCUGCCGGCAGCUGGUAAACCCUCACAAGAAGGUGCCCCUCUUCCGGGGCCCCUGGCCCUUCCCCGACUCAAAAGGGGCCCUCGACCCCGCAGCAGCAGCAGCAGCAGCAGCAGCAGCAGCAGCAGCAGCAGCAGCAGCUUGAGUGGCCUUGUUGAAGCUCUUGUGCAGUCACGCGCGAGAGCCCGGGGCCUCCCGGGGGGCCCCCAGGCAGCAAAGCGAAGGGCCCGCAGCGCCGCAUGGGGGGCCCUGCUGCGUUCCUCCAUUCACUGCAGCAGCAGCAGCAGCAGCAGCAGCAGCAGCAGCAGCAGCAGCAGCAGCAGGGCAGGCGUUGAAGAAGAGCUGGAGGUGCAGCUGCAGCUGCUGCUGCUGCAGCAGAAGCAGCAGCUGCUGCUGAAGCAGCAAGACCACGAGGCAGCUUUCUUGACGCUUGCUGCUGCUGCUAUCGCAGGCGAGAGUGGGGGGCCCCCGGGGGCCCCCGGGGCCCCCAAGAAGCACUUAAGGGGGCCCCCACCUCCUUAUAAUGAGCUGCAGCAGAUGCUGCUGCUGCUGUUGCUGCUGGCAGGGUCGGGAGGUGCCACAGCAGCAGCAGCAGCUGCUGCGACGCCCCACAGAGAGGCCAUGCAGACACGGCUGCUGCAGCACCUCCAGCAGCAGCAGCAACAGCAGCAGCAGCAGCAGCAGCAGCAGAACGGGACUGCUGAGCCAGAUCACGGGGCAGCAGCAACUGGGGGGCCCCUCCAAAGAGGGGGGCCCCCUGAGUAUUGCUGCUACCCUGCUGCUUUGCGUGCUGCACUAAGGGGGGCCCCCAGCGCGGGCAGCAGCGCCGGGGGCCCCUUUGGGGGCCCCCUGGGGGGCCCCCCCAGGGGCCCCUACCUCGCGCUGCUGUCCCCUGAACCCUCUUGGGGGCCCUUUGCUGCACCUCUUUUUGGGGACUUGCAGUGGGGGGGCCCCCCCCUGGGGGGCCCCCCAACUCAGUGGGGGCCCCCUGCUGCUCUGGCAGCACCUUUGGGGGCCCCCCAGCCCUUGAAGUCCCCUGAGAGGGACAGAGAAGAGACUCCCGCUGCUGCUGCUGCUGCUGCUGCUGCGGGUUGCGGCCGCAGCGAUAGCAGCAGCAGCAGCAGCAGCAGCAGCAGCAGCAGCAGCAGCAGGCUCUUUGGAAGCCCAUUUGGAGGCACUGCAGGGUACAGCGAUGGGGGCACAUUUGGGGCCCUCUCGGGGGCCCCCCUGGGGGCCCUUGGGGGCCCCCCAGGAGUUCUUUCCAGUGAGUCCAUCACUGCCUCUUUUCGCGCGUCUCUUUGCAACAAAGCAGCAGCAGCAGCAGCAGCAGCAGCAGCAGCAGUUGCUGCAGCAGCAGAGUCCGGGGCAGAGGACCAGAGAGAGCCGGGGGGCCCCCGGCCAGCAGCGGCUCAAGGGGGCCCCUUGUCACUCCUCCGUGGGUCUCGAGCAGCAGCAGCAGCAGCAGCAGCAGCAGCAGCAGCAGCAGCAGGGGAGGAGCAGCAGCUGCGCCGCUUCGCAGCACUUGCUCUUCGCGGCGAGGAAAACGGGACUGCAGGCCCUCUUCUAAAGGUGACGCAGCAGCAGCUGCAGCAGCAGCAGCAGCAGCAGCGGCAGCAGCAGCAGCAGCAGCAAGGGACCCGCUCGCCCGAGGGUCCUGAAGGGGGGCCCCCAGGGGCCCCCGUAGGUCUGCUUUCUAUCCCCGAGGAGGCGCUGCUGCGCCUCCAGAGGGGCCCCCUAGGGGGCCCCCUGGGGGGCCCCCUAGGGGGCCCCCAGGGGGCCCCUCAGGGGGGCCCCCAGGGGGGCCCCCCAGAGGGUACUGGGGGGCCCUCCCUUCCGGCUGGGGCAUGGCUGCUGGCCACGCGCCCCUACAGGUCUGCUGAGGGGGCCCUUGCGGGGCUGCCCAGAGCAGCAGCAGCAACUGCAGCAGCAGCAACUGCAGCAGCAGCAGCAGCAGCAACUGCAGCAGCAGCAACUGCAGCAGCGGAAGUGGCGGGGAGCCUCGCAGAAGCAGCAGUGGGAGGGACUCUCUCUGGCUUGUCGCAGAAGUAUGCAAUGCUCAUGCAGCAGCAGCAGCAGCAGCAGCAGCAGCAGCAGCAGCAGCAGCAGCAGCAGCAGCAGCAGCAGCAGCAAGUAACAGCUUAA